ACGAAGAAGGGGGAAAAACGAUCACUUGGGGUCCAUCACUCCACCAGUCGACGCGUCUCUGUCUCAAAUAAAUAAAUCCCCAACAUCCGAGAGUUGUCACCCAAAAUCAAUUGACUAAAUCCAGUGAAAAUGUCAAUGAGCGACAUAGAUCAUGAGAAGAAGAAACAAAUAUCUGUCAGAGGUAUUGUUGAUGUUGUGAAUGUUGGAAAUAUCAAGAAGGCUUUCAACCGGCAUGUACAUUACACCCUGGUGAAGGACAGGAAUGUCGCCACCAGCAGAGAUUACUACUUUGCAUUGGCACACACUGUCAAGGACAAUCUUGUAUCGAGGUGGAUCCGAACACAGCAGCAUUAUUACGAGAAUGAUCCUAAGAGAGUCUAUUAUCUCUCCUUGGAAUACUACAUGGGGAGAACUUUACAGAAUACGAUGAUAAAUCUGGGAAUUCAGGGAGCAUGUGAUGAAGCAAUGUACCAGAUGGGUCUGGACAUUGAGGAGUUGGAGGACCUCGAGGAGGACGCAGGCCUGGGAAAUGGUGGGUUGGGUCGACUGGCUGCCUGUUUCCUCGACAGCAUGGCAACCCUGGGUCUAGCAGCCUACGGUUACGGUAUUCGUUACGAAUACGGAAUAUUCGCCCAGAAGAUUAAGAAUGGUGAGCAGCUGGAGGAACCAGAUGACUGGUUGCGCUAUGGAAAUCCUUGGGAGAAAGCUCGCCCCGAGUUCAUGCUGCCAGUGAAUUUCUACGGGCAUGUGAUCGACACCCCAGAGGGUAGAAAAUGGGUGAACACUCAGGUGAUAUUUGCGAUGCCGUACGACUCGCCAAUUCCAGGGUACAAGAACAAUCACGUCAAUACCCUGCGUCUGUGGUCUGCCAAGUCCCCGAUAGAAUUCAAUCUCAAGUUUUUCAACGACGGUGAUUACAUCCAGGCUGUUUUCGACAGAAAUCUAGCUGAGAAUAUCAGUAAAGUCCUGUAUCCCAACGACAACUUCUUCGAGGGAAAGGAACUCCGGCUUAAGCAGGAGUACUUCAUGGUGGCUGCCACUCUCCAGGACAUCAUCAGGCGUUACAAAUCCAGUAAAUUUGGGUCACGUGAUCACCAUAGAACCGGUUUCGAGCAGUUCCCCGACAAAGUGGCGAUUCAAUUGAACGACACUCAUCCGUCCCUGGCAAUUCCUGAGCUGAUGCGAGUGCUUGUGGACGUGGAGGGCCUCCCCUGGGAGAAAGCCUGGGACAUCACCACGAGAACCUGCGCCUACACCAACCACACGGUUCUUCCAGAAGCCUUGGAGCGCUGGCCAGUCUCAAUGCUCCAGAGUAUUCUACCUCGUCAUCUGGAGAUCAUCUAUCACAUUAAUUUCCUUCACCUCAAAGAGGUGGGAGCCAGGUAUCCUGGGGACUUUGAUCGACUUCGAAGAAUGUCGCUGAUUGAAGAGGAUGGAGAGAAACGAGUCAACAUGGCUCACCUCUCAAUCGUUGGAUCACACGCGAUCAAUGGAGUCGCCAGGAUUCACUCUGAGAUCUUGAAGGACUCGGUCUUCAGAGAAUUUUAUGAAAUGCACCCCGAUAAAUUCCAGAACAAGACCAAUGGCAUUACACCGAGACGAUGGCUGUUGCUCUGCAAUCCCAAUUUGUCUGAUGUAAUCGAGUCGAAGAUUGGUUCUGACUGGGCAGUACAUCUUGAACAGCUGCAGCAACUGAAAAAGUUGGCGAGGGAUCAAAAUUUCCAGAGGUCUGUGGCCAAAGUCAAACAGGAGAACAAGCUAAGACUGGCUGAACUACUCGAGAAGGAGUACGGGGUCAAGGUGAAUCCUGCCUCUCUCUUCGAUAUACAGGUGAAGAGAAUUCACGAGUACAAGCGACAAUUGUUGAACUGCCUUCACAUUAUCACGUUGUAUAACCGAAUCAAGAAGAAUCCUUCAGCUCCGUUUGUCCCAAGGACAAUUAUGAUCGGUGGUAAAGCAGCCCCUGGAUAUCUUCUCGCUAAAAAAAUUAUCAAGCUCAUCUGCAGUGUUGGUCAGGUCGUUAACAAUGAUCCUAUUGUUGGUGAUAAACUCAAGGUAAUCUUCUUGGAGAAUUACCGAGUUACUCUUGCUGAGAAGAUAAUUCCAGCCGCUGAUCUCAGCGAGCAGAUAUCCACUGCUGGCACUGAGGCCUCAGGCACUGGUAAUAUGAAGUUUAUGCUGAAUGGUGCAUUGACUAUUGGAACUCUGGAUGGAGCCAAUGUGGAGAUGGCUGAGGAAAUGGGCAAUGAGAAUAUCUUCAUUUUUGGAAUGACCGUUGAUGAGGUGGAGGACCUGAAGAGACGCGGGUACAACGCCUGGGAUUAUUAUAAUAAAUUGCCAGAGGCCAAACAGUGCAUUGAUCAAAUCACUGGUGGAUUCUUCAGUCCUAAUAAUCCUGAUGAGUUCAAGGACAUUGGGGAUGUCCUCAUGAAGUGGGACAGAUUCUAUCUUCUCGCGGAUUAUGAGGAUUACAUCAAAACCCAGGAUAAGGUCUCCAAGGUUUAUCAGGACAGCACCAAGUGGAUGGAGAUGGCCAUUCACAAUAUCGCAAGUUCUGGUAAAUUCUCAUCGGACAGAACCAUUGGUGACUACGCCAGGGAGAUCUGGGGAGUUGAGCCAUCCUGGAAGGCACUUCCUGAUCCUCAUGAGCCCAGGGAUGUUCAAUAAGUCUGCAUCUCGUUUUUUGAGGGCUGAUGCUAGGGAGAUUGUUGUUGAUUGUUUUGGAGUUUAAGUAAUUUCAAUUCGUUUUCUUGAGUGAAAAUGAAUUGUAAAUUAUUUCGAUACUUUUUUGGAUUCAAUGAUGACUCUCUCGUAAUCUUACUGAUAUACAUCGAAUUAUAAUCUCGAGAAUAAUAGUUCUCUUUGAAUUCAUUUACAUAUUGUUUAUAUAGCAGUCGGUGAUAAUGUUAUCAGCUCACAUUUUUCUUCGCACAAUUGACAUUUUCAUGCCAAAGUUCAGAGCUCGUGGCAGCUACUAAUGUGUUCCGAGAGUUUUACAAAAAUAAAAGAAGGGAUUGAGUCUGAAUCAAAGUUAGAGAAAAGUAUUCGUCACAUACAAUAUUUUUUUAAAAUACUCAAAUCAAUAAUGGAUAAAGGUACAAAGAGAUACUGAAUUGUUAAAUGAGAGAUCUAUGACAGAUGGUAAACUAAUUUAUAUAGGAUAAUGCCUAAAUAUACAGUCGUGAAUGGCUUUUAAUUCAGAAUUGAUGAUGGAUUAUAUUUCUGGAUGUUGUUAACUUCUUUGUGCCAUCUGUGAGGAAUUUUUGCACGUGUGGCUCGUUGCAACAAAUAAAUGCAUUGCUGAGACUUUA